AUGAAACCUAAAAGAAGUUUAACUCACUUAAUUGAGCAUACUGAGAGAAUAUACAAUGCAUUAGAAUAUGGGGUUAGAAUCGGUAAUAUAAGUAGAGCUGCUCGUGAAUAUGGUUUUUUAUUAGAAUUAAGGAGAUCUAAAGCUGUUGGACCGAUUGGAGAGCCGGUUUAUGUUACCAAUAGCACCAGCAUUUCUGAGACCUACAAUGUGUUUUUCACCAUCAGUUUGGAUGAUUGUUUGUAUAAAAUCCGUGAUAAAACCAAUAAUACUGAAGACUUCUUUCAAUAUGUUAGAGAACUUUUGGAAAGUGGAUUUUGCAAGCCUGGUUCAUUAUUGGUAAUGGACAAUGCUCCAAUUCACGGUGGUAUCGAAGCUUUAAAUGCACUAUUUGAAUUGUUUAAUCAAUAUUCGGUUCAAUUGAUAUUUCUUCCUUCCUAUUCUCCAGAGUUGAAUCCCAUUGAGCGUUUCUUUGGCUAUAUCAAGAACCAUUUCUACCGAGAACCCUAA